AUGAUUCAGACCUUAAAGGAUCCUGACAACAUCCUACUGACUGAAGCUGGACUCGGUCAAACUGUGACACUGAACUGUAAUGCAUCUGGGUUUGAAAAUGGGUUGUUUUUUUGGUACAAGAUGAAUUAUGGCUAUAUGGUUCAAACAGUUGCUACAGGCAGUUUUGGCAGUGUACAACUUGAAAAACACUUUGAAAACUCAGCAUUCAAAGUUAAUAACAUGGGGAACAUGCAUUAUCUCACCAUCAGUAAUGUCAGCAAAGAGGACGAAGCAACAUAUUUAUGUCAGGCAGGAGGGGCAUACAAAAUAGUAUUUAUUAAUGUCACAAAUUUGUCUGUGAUUGAUUCUCAUAAGAAGUCCUACUAUGUGAAACAAACUUCAGGCAUGAAGUCUGUUUCGCUUGGAACCGAAGUGAAUCUGCAGUGUUCACUUCUCUCAGAGAAAAAAGAAAAAGAAAGCACGGACCAGUGUGCCGAUGAACACAACGCGUUCUGGUUCAGAGCAGAAUCAGAAUCUAAUCCAGGAUUCAUCUAUGUUGAUAAAAAGCGUUGUGACACACAGGAAGGAGGCAGCUGUGAAUACCGCCUGUCUAAAACUAUACAGAGCCCCUCGGAUACUGGAACAUACUACUGUGCUGUGGUCACAUGUGGGGAGAUCCUGUUUGGAGAAGGAACCAAAGUGGAGACAAGACAAGAAGUGUGCCAGUAUGGUAUUGUUCUUGGAGCACUUUUGGCGUGUUGUGUACUGGUGAACUUCGCCCAGAUUUUCAGCAGCAGAAAAGGAAAGCAAUUUAAUGAAAAUAAGAUUGCUGCUGUCAAGCUGCAUAAAAUCCCUGGUCAGAAGACUGAAAAGAGAAAUGAAGACAAAAGGAUGUAUUCUGCUGUCAUCUUCACCAUGAUAAAAACUGAUAACACUGAACAACAGGAAUCAGCAGCAAAAUAGAUAAUGUUUGCAUCUGUAAACCCUUUGACCUUUUAAACAUAUUCAAAAUAACUUUGCAAUGAUUAAAUUUGCCCACAGUUCUUAGGAGUUACACAUCAUAACAUUGCAGAUGUAAUAAAAUGUAUUACUUUGAUGAAGCAAGUUGUAUAUGUAUUACCAAUCAUAAUUAACUUCAUGAAUAUUAACUAAAUGUUGUCUUGUUCAUUGUUUAGUAAUCCUGGUGCUACGUUGGAAACUAAUUGGUCAGCGGAAAGGUUUCUUUAGAUAGUGUAAAAUUUCUAUUCCAUUCCAUUUCUAUUCUAUUCCAGUGUCAUAAUUUCUCCCAGAGUCGACUUACAAACAACAGAUGAUCAGGGAUGCUGAGCUUUAGAAAAAUAUUACUUCUCGUAUUUUGAAAUGUACUGCCUAUUGUCAACUCAGAGGCCAGCAUCGAUAUUUGAUGGUGUGCCUUAUGGUUACCAUUGCGCUUACUGACUGAUUUUAUGUGGUAAAAUGUGCUCAAAAAUCGGUUAAAAUAUAAAUGUUUAGCCUGGCCAGCCAGACUGACACUGUCAACACGGCAUACCAGUCUGCAAAGCUGAUGGUAGAGCACAAUUUCAAAGGCGGGACUUGCAGGGUCAGAGGAAACAGGGUAGAACCAAUCAGAUAACUACGGAUGUGACGCAAACUCUGAGCAACAUGCUCUGUUUUUUCUCCUAGAGCAGAGAGUUGUUGAGUUUUUAAAGAUAUAUCCAGCUCAUUUGGGACAUCAUUAAUACAUUGUGCCAUUGGGCCGCCAUCUUGACUGUUAUAGCUAAAGAAAAGUGCUGCUGCAUUAAGGGUAAAUAGAGACACAUUGUAAACUCCUGCCUCCCACGCUGUGAAUGGUCCUGUAAGUUUCAUACCGGGGAAUCUGAGCCUGUCCAGACCAGCAAGCUGUGUUUUGAAUACACAUAAUGUAAGUCGGGGCUGCACAGUGGCGCAGUGGGUAGCACUGUUGCCUUGCAGCAAGAAGGUCCUGGGUUCAUGA